CAAAUAUACAGUUUGUGAAAGUCAUGACUCAUGAGACUUGAACUGGAAAUGGUGGAGAAAGAAAAGAAAGAAUUCAUCUCUCGGCUUCUCCAAGGAUUUGGAGGAAUGUUGCAGCUAAAACAGUCACUACACGUGUUCUUUAGGUGCGGAAUCGGUAAUGGUCGAACAGCUUCCUUCUGGUACGAUUACUUGACUGAGUUAGGGCAUAUUGGGGAUCUCUUGGGUCCUGCGGGAUCAACAACUUCGCAUACAGUGGAAUGCAACUUUUUCAGUAGCAACACGUCUUGGAAAUUAUUACUUUCCUCCCGUACGUUUUCUUAAUGCAGAAACUCCAAUGGUUGGCAUUUCUUCUACACAACGUCCAUAAAAUUCUUAUGCGAUGAUGUGUAUUUGUGGUGAGGUCCUGCUGGAAUUUUUUUAAAUAGAUUGAUCUCCUCCAAAGUGACAUAGGAACGGCUUAGACAACCUGGACCUGUUGUUUCUUGCCAUACUACGGUUUGGUUCAAGCAAGAAAUUCCAGGAUGAUCUUUUGUUACUUGGAUUGCUAUGUCAUCUAGACUCCCUUCUAGAGAUAGGCUGUUGUCUUGGGGUUUGACUGUCCUUGCAAGCUGUGUUCUAUGUACGAAUGGUACAGAGUCUCAUGGACAUCUCUUCUUCCACUACGCUUUCGCAGUUGGAUUGUGGAACAUAUUCACGGGGAACCAGCUAGACAUUGGCCCAUCAGACUUCUUGGACUCGGUGGACUACAUGACUUAUCACCGGACAGUGCAAACAUCUUCAAGCUGCUACUGCAACUCAUCAUGUAUAAUAUAUGGAGAGAACGUAGAUAUAUAUAUUUUCAGACAAACUUCCUCUUCUGCUGAGGCGGUUCUCAGUAUAAUUGAUUGAUCAAUGAAGGAUAAGCUUCUCUCCAUUCCAACAGUUUACAUCUCCCUCUAUGCUCUAGCUCUACUUCUAAUUCAUUGAACCUUUCAGCUAAUGAUGCUCACUCUUUGUUUUUCAUUUUCUUUGUUUCUCCUCCUCUGUCCUCAAAAGAGAUAAUAAAAUGAGAGGAGAUUUUGUUUCGGUUUGACUCGAAAAGAAUCUAAUCGCCAUGUAACCAUUUUGAGUAAUCAUGUCAUUGACUUUGGCUCCGAUGUAUUAGAUAUAUAUUGGUGUUAGCUUUGUCUCCUCCCAGUUCAAUUAAAUUGUAUUAUAUACUUUUAAAUUAUUUGAUCAAUGUGAACAAAGCAUGUGUUUCCACGCAUUAAAAUAAUGAACACUAUUCUAAAUUUUAAUAGAGAUAUAGAUAAAAUUAUAAAACAAACCAACAUGUAUGAAAUUAUGAAUAUGUCAUCAAUUUAAUAAAAUUAGGUUAUUAUGUUGAUUAAUUGUAAAAGCCUAUCAUAUAUUUUCAUUAAAAAAAGUCUAUCAUUUUAUUAUAAAUUGUUGUCUUGAACAAUAUUUCAGCUUAAACUUUUAACUUAACAAAAUUAAAUUUAUAUAUAUUUAAAACAUCUAUUACUCUCAAAGUAUAAAUGAAAUUUUUUCGAACAAUUUUAAAAUGUUUAACAACUAAAUAUUCUACCAUAAUGAGCUGAAUUUACAUCAAUAUUGUUUUUAGGUCCAAUAUUAGUCCAUUUUAACAAAUAAUAAAGAAUUUACAAAUUUAAAUAUUAUUUAUAAGAAAUUUUUUAGCAUAAGUAUUCACGGGUGUAUAAUACCAACUCAAUAUCACUAUACUUCUUCCACAUAACCAUUAUAUAUCUUCAAAAAUGGAUUUCAAAUCAUUCAUUAUAAAUCAAUAAAAAACUCCAUAAACAAAUCCAAAGAAAUAUCAUUGCAUGUGCAGAUCAAUCGUCGAGGAGCAGACAACGUUGGUAAUAUCAUGGAACCAUCAAUCAACGAUUUUAAACAAAAGCACUCAAGAUAACCGGGUAUGAGCAAGUGCAACAGAACAGAAGUCUCUUGCAUCAUUUCUAACCAGAUCAAAAAACAAAAAAAUUAGAAAUAAGAAAGAGAAAGCCUAAAGGAAAAUAGAAGAGAAAAAAAAACGAUUCUUAAAAAAAAAGACGUUUCUGAGGUUACUUCUUCACAUGUCUUCUUUUUAGUGGCAAAAAAUAUUAAUCUAUGAAACCACUUAUUCAUUAAUUUAUAAAAACCACUCAUGAUGUUAUUCAUGUUGUCCUAAGCAAGUACAAAACAAAAUAAUACACUAUUUUCACAAACCACUAUCAAAUACAUCAAAAAAAUAAUUUUCAACUCAAUAAAAAUAAAACAUACAAACCCGGCGCGUAGCGCCGGAAUACCACUAGUAUUUUUUAAUAACUGGACAUUUGAUUAAAACAUCAUAUACAAAGAAAGUAUAUGCUAUUGUGUAGUAAUCACUGAAAAUUUAUAGCUGGAUUUGGGUAUGGAUGCAUAGAUGGAAAACCGGGCCAGAUCCGCUCAUGAGCAUAUGCAAAGGAACCGUUUUCUUAGACUAUGAUGGUUCUUUAAUACAUUUUAUUUCAUCUUUUAACGUUCUAUUUCAACUUUUUUUCACCUCAUCAUUCAACACGUAUUUAACUUUUACACACUAAAAUGUUUUUGUUCAAUAAAAUCCAACACUCUAUUUCAUUAAUUAAUAAUUAUUUUUUAUAUAUCCAAAUUAAAUAAAUCUAGUCUUUAUUCAUAAAAAAUUGAAUAAUAAAUUUUUGUAUAGAAAAUAAAAAUAAAUUAUUUAAUUUAUAAUGUGAAUAUUAGUUUUAAAUAAUUAAGAGGAUGUAAAAAUAUUAAAAUCUUUAAAAAGUGACAUGUGUCAUUGUUAGACUUCACUUUCUUUUUAUUCAACAUGUUAGAAUUUUUCGACACCAAGUAAUCUAAAUCAUAAAAUUUUAUUUUUCAACAUUUUCAUUUUAGUGAUUCAUCUUUUAUUCAACAUCUCAGAACAUUACGUAUACGAAGAAUAAAUGCAUAAAUUUUUAUUUGAUCGUAGUACAUUACAAAAGUUUUAAAAUGUCAAACCGAGACUGAACCCGGUUUAGAAUAUUGAUAACGUAGGCCGGUCUAUUUAUAGCUAACAAUGGUAUUGUGGUCUUACAUCAUGUUGUUAGGAUUACUGCAUGUAUUUUAUGAAUGGAUUUGGAAUUAAUUAUGGAUGCAGAGAUGGAGAAGCGGUUUAGAGUAUCGAUAGAGGGGGAGCAGGGCCGGUCUGACAUUAUAACUUUUUUUAUUUAUAAUACUCUACGUUUAAAAGGGCUAAAAAACUAGAGGUGCGAGAGGUUGAUAUCAAGCCGGUCUGAGACUCGUGCCAACGUCUCUGUCCGAGUUUAGCUAGACCUUUUAUGUCAAAUAAUGCCACAAAUCGAGCAGCAUAUGUGUUUGUCGCUAGCCUUUGACUAUUUCCUGAUGAAGGUUCAAAAUAUUCUCUAACUGAUUGAAUCAAAGGUUAACUAACCAAUAUUUUGAAGGGUGAUUUGCCAAAAGUAAUUCAAACCACGGUGAGAAAUAUUUAAUAAAAAUAUUUAUAUACAAACAAUAAGUCUAUAGUGAGCAAAUUCUAUUGCACCCGCCGGCCGUAAGUAUAUUAUUGAUUUCCGAAACGACUAUCAUAAGAUUAUAAAUCAAUAAAUCAUAGGUUAAAAUCUAAAAUUUAUAUAAAAUUUGCUUAUUCUAUUUGAUAAUCACACCUGUAUACAAAUAUAAUAAAAGAUAGUUAUUUGCGUGUAGUCUUUGACUUUCAUUUCUCUCUCUCCAUGUUCGACAUGGAUCUUCAAAUCAAGAACACCACACAACGUGAGCCAACUUCUCCCAUUCACAACAACGAAGAUGGACAACAACAACAAUUCCAUCGAGGACCAGCCUGCAGGGAAGAAGAAACCUACCACCCUCUUACUUAUCCCAUGUCUCCUCAUCACUACCUCUAUGCUUCUCCUUUAUCUCUCCCAAAACAAAAUCAUCCUCAUCAGCAGCACCACCACUACUAUCUCCGAUUCCGAUCAUUCCAGACUCAGAUACGAUCCAUGCGUCGGCCGAUACAUAUAUAUUCAUAAUCUACCUUCUAGAUUCAACAAAGACAUCCUCCAAGACUGCGAGUCGAUUUCAAGACCAAAAGAUAAAACCAGCAUGUGUAGGUACAUUGAAAACUCCGGAUUCGGACCUCAGAUGGGUGAUGGUGAUUCCACCGAUUCUAAGUACUCUCGGAGCUGGUACGCGACUAAUCAGUUCAUGCUUGAAGUUAUUUUCCACGAGAAGAUGAAGACAUACGAGUGUUUGACGAGUAAUUCGUCGCUGGCUUCGGCUAUUUAUGUACCUUACUACGCUGGUCUAGAUUUACGGCGAUAUAUGCAGUGGAGUUGUAACGUCUCUGAAAGAGACGCAGCCGGGAAGGAAAUAUUUAAAUGGCUCAAAAAGCAACCCCAAUGGAAAGGUCUGUCAGGCAAAGACCAUUUUCUCGUUACCGGUCGGAUUUCAAAAGAUUUCCGGCGAUACUCCGAAGAUAACUCUAGUUGGGGAACCAACUUAAUGCUUUUACCGGAAUCGCAGAACCUUUCUUUUCUCACCAUUGAACGAAGUCCAAAAAGACAAAACGAGUUCGCUAUUCCUUAUCCAACCUACUUUCACCCGACUUCAGCCGUCGAGAUUCGCCAGUGGCAAGACAAGAUGAAGCUCACAAACCGAACAGUACUCUUCUCAUUCGCCGGAGCUCAAAGGCAAAGCAAAAACUAUAAAGGUUUGGUUCGCACUCAAGUUAUCGAACAAUGCAAUAGUUCUUCCAAGGCAUGCAGGUUUCUUGACUGCGACGUUAAAGCCAACAUCUGCGAUAAUCCGAUCAGUUUGAUGAAGCUUUUCGAGAGUUCGGUUUUUUGCUUACAACCACCGGGUGAUUCGCUAACCAGAAGAUCAGUAUUUGAUUCGAUCUUGGCUGGUUGUAUUCCGGUUUUCUUCAGUCAAGGAAGUGCAUACAAGCAAUAUACAUGGCACAUACCGAACAACAUUAGUGAAUACUCUGUUUAUAUUUCGUAUAAAGAGCUGAGAAACGGGGGAAAGAACAAAAUCGAAGAGAUUUUGCGUGGAAUACCGAAUGAGAAAGUUGUCGGUAUGAGAGAAAAUGUAAUAAGACUGGUUCCUAAGAUUGUGUACACUAAACCAAACCGACACAAACCGGAUGGUGGGAUUCUUGAGGAUGCUUUUGAUAUUGCUGUGAAGGGAGUGGUAAAGAGAAUAGAAGAAGCAAGGAGAGAAAUUCAAGACUGAGGCACUUUCAUUUUAUGUAUUUAGACCCAAAAAAUGAGUUUCCUACUUUUUUGUAUGUAGAAUAUAAGAAACAAUAAUGCUACCAUAAAACUCAUUUUUUGGGUAAUGAUUUGCAUUUUUGUUAAUUUUUAUUAUUGAUUCAUUUAUUUGUAUUUCCUCAUACAAGUUUAUACUAAUCAAAUCUAAAAUGAAGGGAGAGAAAGACCUUUGUAGUGGUCUUUCUCGAGAUUGUACUGCUAGCUUCUGGAGAUGUUGGUAGAAAACUUCAAGACUAGAUUCGUCUAUGAAUAUUACAUCAGAACCAGUGUUCAUCUCACUCGCAUUGUUGUAACUUGCUGAAAGAUUCAGCUUCGCUAACAAAAACCUUGCCUGCCUCCAUUGUAAAAAACAUAAUGACCAAUCAAACCACAACAUUUAUUCACAAUAAAAGAAAAGUAAGAUUGCAGGAUUAUAAGACCACUUGAGAUGAAUAAUUAAAAAGACGAUUAUGGAUAUUUCUAACCUGAGAUCCAUGUUGAUCGCAUACAACUAGUCUUGGCAUGGGAAACGUCCAUGAGCGAUCAUCUGCGCAUCCUCUUGAGGCUCUUGCAAUAGUUGCGCAAACGCCUACAAGACAAGGAAAAAAAGAUCAGUUUAUGAACAUGUAAGAUAAGUUAUUUUUUAAGACAUCAGUUGCAUCUGUGGAGCUUAUAAACCUGGUGCUCAGGAUGAUUCUGAUAGCCAAGAGUGGGCCACUGUGCUAUUGUCAAUCAAUGGAAUACGACAAUACUGAAGUAUGAAUCCAACAAGAGGAUACGGUCUGAAGCGAUUGAAGAUACAUCCAACAAUGCUGCUUGAGGUAUUGAGUUGAACGAAUAUGCUGUUAAAGAUGGCUGUAUCAUAACGGCUGCGUUUGAGAUAUUUUCUCGGUUUAGUAGCAUCCUGCUGUAGGCAGUUUCGUCUGGACUAUUGUUGAACACCUGAGUAUCAUCAUCACAUAACAUGUUAAGCAGAGUCACUUUUUAAUUUGUACAGAUUAAAGAUUACAACUUUUUAAAUGAUCUCAGUUAAUAUAUAGGGGUUAAUUAAAAUCGAAGCCAUAAGAAAUAGCUAGAGUCUAGCAAGACCCAUGCAUGAUGAAUUGAUGAUGAUGAUUCCUUUUGUCAGAAUUUUAAAAUGGUCUCAUUGGUGCAAAUUGUAGAUAACGAAUCAGGCUCGAGAAACAGGCACAAUACUUUUUUUUUUUAAAUGUAGCACAGCCAUAACUUUCGAAAAUCGUAAUAUGGAAAAUUGAGAAACUUCUUGUUUUUAAGUCAUACAACCACGACAUCCAACUUUAUAAUGACUUAGUAGCUCAAAUCAUCAUAUAGCUACUACAUCGUUAGUAAUAUAUUAUAUAUGGUUAACAAAGGAAAAACAAGUUGAUCCGAGCAUGUCAUAUAUAUACGUUAAAAUGGUAGGUCUCACUUCACGUGUUGAUGAAUGUAACUUAAAAGAUGCGAAACCCCGAAGGUGCCCAUAGCAUGUGGGACACAUUCACGUACACCCAAACACAACACCAACAAACCCAAAACUCUCUAUAUAGACAACAACAAAAAUCAAAUUUAAGCCGAAGGAGAAGAAGAAAAAAA